AUGGCUAGCGCGACAACGAUGGGUUUACGUCGCAGAGCACCGGUGAACAGCUCGCCGACUCCGUCAAGCCAAUCACUGUCCACGGGAACGUCGAGCAAACGCUCGAGAAGCGAGAAUAACAACAGCCCGUCCCAUGGCAAUUUGAACUCGAUGAACAGCACUCGGGACGAACCGCCGACGAAGAAAUCCCGUGGGACCUCGACGAGCGGAGGGAAGAACAGUAGCUGUCCCAACUCAGCGUCCUCGGCAUCUUCGAUUUCGAAUAUCUCAACCGAUAGUCCGAUUUCGAAGAGUCGCGGAACUUCCGUCUCAAGAUCGGCUACUCAGACCAAAUCAUCGUCCACUUCGACGGCUGCCAACACGGCCUCGACGAACGAUAUAUCGAACAAUUCCGUGCUUUCGACUAGCUGGCCGACCACGUCGAACAUGUCGGACGUGCCGUCGUACGCUUCCGUAACCGGGCUGGGCUUGACGGGCGGACAAACGGCCGGUCUGUGCGCCGGAAGCCUCGCCAUGCCACCUACGCCAAUUCCCUACAUGUCGACCACCAUGGCGACCUUCGUCGGCAAUGCCACGAACCUAGGUAAGAGCUCGUCCGUCUCGUACCUCGACAUCUCCAACAUGACCGGUGGUUCCUUAGCCGCUUCCGGCGCCGCGAACUCGUUAAAUGGCGGAUACGCGGCGGGCGGUACCGCCACAGUGGACACAAAGACGGGAAUAGCAAUGUCUUAUUCGACGAUGUCGUCACCGAAUAUGAAUGGCGGCGCGUAUGGCAUGCCAAAGGGACAAGGCCCGAAGGGAGUCGACGGAGCCGCCGCAUCACCAAGAAAAUUUCAAAACGACGCCAUGUUCAACGCUUAUCAGCCGUGGGUGAUCAAGACGUAUGGUGAUCUCGCCAAGACUAAGACGAUCACCAUCAAGAAGUACGCGCGUAUUUUGCGGACUUUACGCGGGGAGGAAGUGAACAGCGCCGAGAACAGCAAGUUCCGCUUCUGGGUCAAGAGCAAGGGCUUCCAUAUCGGCCAGCCGGAAGGCUACGACGCGAAAGCGGCCGACAGGAUUAUCGGACGUCACGCCGUCACGAAUCCGGGCUUGGAUCCGCCGCUCUACGUACCCACACAGCUGCCGCACAACAAGGCGUUAAAUGGUGCCGAAGGUACAGUUCCACCUGGAAGAGUGUACAAGAAAGUCGCGAUUGUGGAGAAUUUCUUCGAUAUCAUCCACGCCGUUCAUGUUGAUCUUGAAGGACGUCCUGGGAAGCAUGCUGGUCAAAAGCGCACCUACAGAACGAUUACAGAGACGUAUGCAUUUCUACCACGAGAAGCAGUAACGCGAUUUCUGCUAGGUUGCACGGAAUGCCAGCGGCGUCCGCGGACGCCCAGUCCAACGAACUUAUCUAAUCAGUCGCAGUCCACCCAACCAGCGGUACUGGGGUCGACGUCAACCCCGCUGAGCCCGAAUCCCGGUAACGCCGCUCUUGCGACUUCGUCGUCGUCGACGACGACAUCUUCGUCGGUGCAAAAUAGCUCUAAGUCGCGUAACGGCAGCCAACAUGCGUCAUCGGAAGGCAAGAACUUGCACAACUACAGGCACCAAAAGCAGCACAAGACCGCCGCUGGUAGCGCCGCUGCGGACUCGAAACUCGACAAGGACAAAGACGAGAAGUACAAUCCGCUGAGUAUUACGAACUUAUUGAAGAAGGAGCCACCGGUGAACGGUGGUUAUCUCGCGAAUUCGGACGCUUUGCCGGAAUCGAGGAGAACACCGGAGUCGGAUCGAGCGAGUUCGAAGAGCUCGGCAUCGUCAAAGAGAAAACGGAUGUUGCCGGAGGGACGGACACCCUCGCCGCAACCCAGCCAGCCGUUGCCGAGGCCAUGGAGUCCCGGGCUGGACCCCAAGAACACGCCCAUCGACUAUAGCUUACCUAUCACCACCUCGUAUUUGAAGCAUCAGCAGAGACUGCUCCAGGAGAAGAACAAGGCAGCCGCUGCUAAUGCACUGAGAGAGUCUGAAACGACGGAAUCGAAGGCCGUCGCGACGCCGCUCGUCGAGGAGGCCGAGAGCGCCGAGAGGGAAAGAUUUUCACCGGCCACUGGCCUGAUCGACACGAACCUCAAUCUACUGGCGACCAUCCAGCAUCUGCACUGCCAAGUGAUGUUGGCGCUCACUGAACGAUUGAGACCGUCGUUCGCAGUACCGAGUCCUUUAGUUCUACCACCGGCAUCGACCAAUGUUUUGGCGGGCACGAUGAUGAUGGGGACGGAAGUUUCGGUUCAGACAGGAGAGAAUCAUUCGUGAAUUAAUCGGUACGAAGAGGAAGAGAAUGAUCGAUUUUUAUAGUGACUUUCUUAGGAGGUGCGUAAAAGGCAAUGUAUUAUGAUUUUUCAAGAAACGACAGAU